AGCGAACUUCAUUCGUGUGCUUUGUGUUGUUCGCUGCGCUUGCCGACGAGCCCGUAUGUAGCGCUUCGCCGCGAGUUUAGUGUAAUGUGACCUGUUGAUUGAUAAAUCAUUGGUGUUUUGUGCUGUUAUCUGUGAUAAACAUGACCUGAUGCUGUUGGAAUAUGUGCAUUGUGGUACAAGUUAAGUGUUUUGUGUAAAAUGGGUUUGAUAACUUCUCGGGAGCAGACGAUGUUGGACGGACCGGUGGCGACUGCCAAGAGCAACCAUGUACGUCAACCGUCGACUAGGAACCGCACGAAGCCUCCGAUGCCGGAUCGGGACGAGCUGGAGGGCCGCUUCAUCAAAGUCCUGGCCUCAAUGGACCUGCCCCCGGAUAAGGCGAAGCUUCUCCGCAACUACGACCUGGAGAAGAAGUGGGAGAUCAUCUGCGACCAGGACAUGGUGCAGGCCAAGGACGCGCCGGCGCACUACCUCAACAAGCUGCGGACAUACCUCGACCCCAAGGCAUCCAGGAGCCAUAGGAAAAGAAAAAUGGUGGGCGACUCGACUUCGACCCAAGUCCUCCGGGAUUUGGAGAUAUCAUUACGAACCAAUCACAUAGAAUGGGUACGAGAAUUCUUAAACGAACAAAAUCAAGGGCUGGACGUGCUGAUCGACUACCUGAGCUUCAGGCUGAGCAUGAUGCGGCAUGAGCAGCGGAUAGCACUCGCCAGGAGCCAAUCCAGUGAUGGGAUCAACCAGGGUGCUAACACAACAACAUCAGACUGCAGCGCUCCAGCGGAUGCCAACUCCACCCUCAACGCUUCUUGGAGACGACGAGCUCGCAGCCAAGACGCGGAGUCAGAGACCACGGGCAGCCCCGGGGUGGCCAAACGGAGGUCAAGACAUGCUGCCAGACUCAACAUGGGCGCCUCCACGGACGACAUCCAUGUCUGCAUCAUGUGCAUGAGGGCUAUUAUGAACAAUAAGUACGGCUUCAACAUGGUGAUUCAACACAGGGAAGCAAUCAAUAGCAUCGCUUUAUCUUUGGUCCAUCACUCUCUACGAACCAAGGCUUUAGUCCUGGAGCUACUGGCAGCCAUCUGCCUGGUGAAGGGUGGCCACCAGAUCAUCCUGUCAGCCUUCGACAACUUCAAGGAGGUGGUCGGGGAGCCGCGGCGGUUCCACACACUCAUGGAGUACUUCAUGAACUACGACAGCUUCCAUAUCGAGUUUAUGGUGGCAUGCAUGCAGUUCGUGAACAUAAUAGUCCACUCUGUGGAAGACAUGAACUUCCGUGUACAUCUGCAGUACGAGUUCACAGCGCUCAAGCUGGACGAGUACCUGGAACGGCUGCGGCUCUGUGAGAGCGAGGACCUGCAGGUGCAAAUCUCAGCGUACCUGGACAACGUGUUCGACGUAGCAGCGCUGAUGGAGGACAGUGAGACCAAGACGGCUGCCCUCGAGAAGGUCAACGAGCUGGAGGACGAGCUUGGACACGCACACGAACGCCUAGCUGCUUUAGAACGGGAAGCCAUCGCCAAACUAGCCACCCUUGAAGCGGAGUUGGCGCAAGUACGGCAGGAGAGGGACCAGCUCGCUGAGGCCAGGAGACAGGUCGUCGAAGAGGUGUCGACGUUGAGGCGAGCGCAGCAGGACUCUCGCAACCGCCAGUCCAUGUUGGAGUCCAAGGUUCAGGAGCUGGAAUCUCUCACCAAGUCACUGCCCAGAGGAGCCUCCAUGGGUGCAAUAUCCUCUCAUGCGCUAUGCAACGGGAACGGUACGCCCAACGGCCCGAGCAACGGGCACCACUCGCCGCCCCCGGCACACAGUAACCCCGCGCCCCCACCUCCGCCCGCACCCCCAGUGGCGGCCCCCCCACCACCGCCUCCGCCCCCGGCCGCGCCCGCGCCGCCCCCAGCGCCCCCCGCGCCCCCAGCGCCGCCCGCGCCUGGUCUUAUGGCGCCCCCACACCACACAGAUGCCAUGACUAUAAAGAGGAAGGUUGACACGAAAUAUAAGCUGCCCACGUUGAAUUGGAUCGCUUUGAAGCCGAACCAGGUCCGAGGCACGAUAUUCAACGAGCUAGACGAGGAGCGACCGCGACGGCGGAUCAACUUCACAGAGUUCGAGGAGAAGUUCCGCAUCGGCGGCGUCAGCAGCGGCGGCAGCGUGGACUCGUGCGAGGCGGACUCGCUCGCCUCCUUCCCCAGCAAGCGGUUCCGCAAGCCGGACACCGUGUCGCUGUUGGAACACACCCGCCUCCGGAACAUAGCGAUAUCGAGAAGAAAGCUGGACACUCCAGUCGAAAAAGUAAUGGCGGCGGUCAACAACUUAGACCUGAAACAACUGCCUUUAGAAUCAGUUGAGAUCCUCCAGCGAAUGGUUCCGACAGAAGCCGAACAGAAAGCGUACAAAGAAUACGUCGCAGAGAAGAAACCAAUCAACCUGCUAACAGAAGAAGACAAAUUCCUAAUGCAACUGGCUAAAGUCGAACGCAUUUCCGCCAAACUCUCCAUCAUGAGCUACAUGGGAAACUUCUUCGACAACAUUCACUUGAUAACACCGCAAAUCCACGCCAUAAUAUCCGGGUCUUCAUCAGUAAAAUCGUCGCAGAAACUCAGAAAUGUCUUAGAGAUUAUUCUAGCUUUCGGUAAUUAUCUAAACAGUAGUAAAAGGGGGCCGGCGUAUGGAUUCAAACUGCAGUCGUUGGAUACGCUUAUGGAUACUAAAUCCACGGAUAAGAGGAUAUCCCUCCUGCACUAUAUUGUGGGGACGAUACGACAGAACUUUCCAGAACUGAUGAAUUUCGAUACGGAGUUACUGUACAUCGACAAAGCUGCUCAAGUAUCGCUGGAGAACGUGGUGUCGGACGUGACGGAGCUGGAGCGCGGCAUGGAGCUGGUGCGGCGCGAGUGCGAGGCGCGGGACACACACCGAGCGGCGCAGGCGCACGUGCUGCGGGACUUCAUGAACAACGCCAGCGACAAGCUGCGCCGCCUGAGGCACGAGACCAAGCACGCGCAGGACUCGUUUGCGGCGUGCGUGGAGUACUUCGGCGAGGCGCCGCGCGGCUGCGACGCGAACGCUUUCUUCUCGCUGCUCGUCCGGUUCACGAGGGCGUUUAAGCAAGCGGACGCAGAAAACGAGCAGCGGCGGCGACUGGAGCAAGCCGCGCAACACGCCGACACUGUCGACCCUCAUAAGGCCAAAAUCGCGCAGAAAAAACAACAGGAUGCUGUAAUCAACGAGUUAAAAACGAAGUCUCAGGCCGUCGGCGAAAAGAAACUGCUUCACCAAGACGAGGUGUACAAUGGUGCCUUGGAGGACAUCCUCCACGGGCUGCGCAGCGAGCCCUACCGCCGGGCCGACGCGGUGCGCCGCUCGCACCGUCGCCGCAUCAACUCCCAUAGGCUCUCCAAGGGGCUCGAGGAACUGGACGUAUGAUACGAGCUCGACUCCAGUCAAGCACUGGACGGCGACCCAGCGAUACCAACACAAAAGAGAAAAGACUCAGAAGUGAAAAAACAAUCGGUAUGUAAUAUCGAUGCGUGCGCGCGGCGGCCGAAACCGUCCACAUACAAAGUGGCGCCAUCUCACUGCGAGGUCGAGGAACGCUGCGAACUCAUUAAGUCCACCUAUGACGUCAUCUCCAAGUACACUCGAGCUAUGUUCGAUAAGCAAAACGAAACCGUCGUUUGAACGAUGUGCCUAUUAAAAUAGUGUGUUUGUGUGUAUACUGCACUUGUAAUAAUACUUAUAAGUAUUUAUUAUGUUAUGUAGGACGAUAUUUAUUCGUAUAAAAGCUAUACACCAUUAGGGCUAACAAGCGCAACGGGAUAAAUUUUUAUCACGGUCGUUAUCGAUUCUGACAAUAAAAUUAAGUCGUUUUGUCGAUUGGUGCUAAUGUGUGAACCCGAAUAAGUCAUGUCGUUCUGUCAAAAUACGAACAAAAUGACGUGGCACGCAUGUUAGGGAAAAAGCAAACUUUUAUCUCGUUCGAUAAUUUUAUCUCGUUGUGCAUGUUGGGUUCGAUUUUCGGUCAGAUCAAGUUUAGGAAACCUGAUCAAUUAGGAUUAGGAAACUAGUUCUAUACCAACCCUCAAUGAAGCAACGUCGUGGAGUAUUAUACUGAAUCCUAAGCGAUUGUGGGGGGGGGACUUGUUCCCAGCAGUGGGAUGUAUUGCCAAGCGUUCGCAACUAUUUCGGACAUUUUAAAUAAUAACAUAACAUACCGAAUACAGGGUGUAAGUGACAUCGUAACGAAUACUGAGGGGAAUAUAUCAGAUCAUGAUUCUGAGUUGAUAUCACGCGGAAUUUCCUGGCAGAAAAUAAUCAUAAAGAUUUUAGUGUUUUUUUUUAUUAUUUUUUCAGUACCAAAGUUUUCCGACGGAAGUCCCUCAAAGUUUUCGUUACGAUGUCACUAAUACCCUGUAUAUUAUUAAGUGUAAAAAUUAGUGAUGUUCCGAAUAUCCGUAUCCGUGUCCGUUACUUUUCACGCGGAUCUUUUACGGAUCUUUUUCAGGUGAUUAAGUAGAAUUAUUAAAUAAAAAACUAUAAAAUUCCAGUGUCAGACUAAACCAUAACCAAAACAAAAGUACUACCCGCGCAAUGCAAGUUAAAACGUGUCCUGUCUGACGUUGCGGCGAGUGAAGACGUCAACUAUCGUUUCAAGGUCGCUGGCGCCGACACCAAUCGAAUAAUAUCGAAUAAGAAAAUAAAGAUCCGUAUCCGUAUCCGCGGAUCUUUACACUAAAUAUCCGUAUUCAGAUCCGUAUCCACGGAUAUACAUUUUUAACGAUCCGGCACAUCACUAGUAAAAAUACCUAGAAGCGUGAUUGAUAUUUUACUCCAAUUUAUUAAAUUAACAAUUUUUAUAAAAUAUCAAAAGUUUUGACAAUAGGCCUGUCCGAAUUUAGUACACAUUUUUGCCACAGGGUGCGCUGAAUUUGUGAAUCGCACAUAGCCAUGGGCUGUUUAUGUCAUGUGGUAUAUAUGAUCUGAAUAUAAAAAAAAAAAAACAUAAUAAAAACAAUGUUAUCCGCGUUGCAUAGGUGCGACUUUAACGGUGCAAAUUGAAACCGCAUUUGAACGUUUACUUAAACAGUUACAGUGAAGAAGCUAGUUUUAAACAAAUACACAACAGCCAAGCCAACAGCCAAGGAAUGGAAUGGGCUGCCGGCGUCGCUGUUUCCUGUAUCUUAUAACCUGGGGUCCUUUAAAUCACGGGUGAAUAGGCAUUUUCUGGGUAAGCUCGUCCCACCGUCGACCUCUUCUUCUCCUCGUGGAACAACGAAGUCAAGGGCAAACCCAUCUUAAUAAAAAAUAUAUAUUUAAGUGUAGUUUUUCAACUUUAAGUGGAAUAUGCACACAAGGACAACACGUCAAGCCUUUAAAUCCAUUCCAAUACACAACCGCAGUAUUUUGCUACGUACUAUUUACAAGUAAUGUUAAUUUGUAUACAAAGCUUAGCUUUUUGUAGUAUAACGUUUAUGCCCAUAGCGAUUAGUAUUAUCAAAUGUAGCUAUUCGUCGCUUUAAAGAUGAAACGAGAAAAAGAAAAUGUCUUUCUUGUGCGUAUUGGAAGUGAAGGACAGCACGAGUUCCACUGUUCGUCAAAGACGAUCCAUUAGGAACUUUUUUCGUGGUCGAGUUACAGUGGUGCGUGCACACAAACUUAACCUAUUUUUUCUUUGACAGCUUUUAAACUAUUGCCGUCCUUCUCUUACUUAAGUGCAAGAAAGAGAUAGAGCUAGUUUUAACCUUUGAUCUGUGUGUGAUGAGGAUCCUGACUACCCCUCUCGUAUGUUUGUGAUAAGGAUCCUGACCCAUAGGACUGGUACCUAUUUUUACUUAAUUAUCCACUCUAAUGCUAUCGCAAAUUAAUCUUGUCAAAUCAAGUUAAAAUUAUGUUUCUAAUUGCUCCAAUCGGCACCAAGUAAAACCUUUUAUUUACGUUUAUAAGUUUUUUAUUCUGAACUUUAACAUUGUCAGAAUCAUCGUCCAUAAACGGUGCAGCCAUUAAGAAUAAGUGAAGUGAAUAUAUACUUGAAUAGGGUAGUUUCCAACUAGUCAAGUCAGUUACUUUUUACUGAACAUCAAAGCACGAAAUUACUAUGGAAUUUGUAUGAAAAAGUAACCUGUGACGUCAUAGGAAAACGUGACAAAAUGACGCACUUAUUCUUUAUUAAAAUUCAUUAAAAAAAAAGUUUUUUGUCACCUUUACAUCUGUCUUUAUUUGGUAAUCAGAAUUUCAUAAUUUAUCUUUGACCUAGGAAGCUACAUAAUUUGUCUUACCGUGUCAUUUUUGAAGCGAUUGUAAUUAUAAUAAGUGAUGUUUGAUGUUAAACUAUGGGUAUAUUAGUCCAGCUAGAUACAAAAAUGGCCUUUAAAAUAUACACGCACAGUUUUAUAUAUUCAAAUUUUUCGAAUAAUUCAUUUUUAACUUAAAUUUAUUAUUAUUACGCUAUAAGUAAUAAUUAUAAUAAUUAAACAGUGCCCUUAAAAUAUAUAGCACAUAUAUACAUGCUAAUAUUAUAUUAAGAACCAAUAAACAAAUUGUAUUCGUACGAAAACGAAAUUAGUAUAUAAAAUUAUAUGCAUUUAUACAUUUUUACUAAUGUGAUAGUUCAAAUAGAAGAGCUGGAUUAUAUUUAAAUUUGCAUUUUCGUUUUGAUAUGUGGGCCCUAAAAGGCCACAUUAAAGCAAUUCAUCUAAGAAGCAAUAUUGCAAUUUGACUUUUGCUCAUAUAAAAAUAAGAGCGCAAUGUGCUCGGUGUGCUGUGAAACGUUGUAUCGGGUGAGAGCCUUCAGCGCUCCCCAUUUGUCCGGCCAAGUGGUUAAUGCCAUCUGCGGCAAAUCUACAAUAAGUCACGUCAAAAAAAAAAGGUGUGGUGUGAUGUGUGGAUACUUAGUUCAUCUUGCGAUAUAUGCAAUUGUACGGCCCAUGCCGCACUAUAAGUGGAGGUGUCUCCUGUCGUGGCGUGGUGCUGGCGGUGGUGGAAACUUAAACUCCUUGAUUUAUUUCACUAUUUAUUGGGGUUUUCUUGGUUUUAUAUAUUUGUUACAAAAAUAUGCGUGUCUUGUGGCGCUCCGGUAGGGCAGUAUUGCCAUACAAAAAAAACUUACGUUACUACUUAUACAUAGUAUUGUCUAUUAAUAUUUUAAUGUUUCCAACAGUAAUGAUGGAUGAAGGGAUCUAUAUCCCAACUGGGAUAGUCAGAGGUACAUCCACCAUAUAAGCUCACGACUAUUCGUGAGUUUAUGUUAUACAAGUAUGUUGCGCGCAAUGUGAAGGAAUGUCAAAUAGCAAUAUUGCUUCAUUUUAUGUAUUGCUUGUAUUAUGAACUUGUUUGACCCCCUUGUAUUAAAUUUGUAUUAAUUACAGCUUAGUUUAUGUAAAUAUAAUAAUUUCGAACGGUACUGAUUUUUCAUGACAUCUUUAAGUUUAUUUUGUUUCAUAAGUUGAUUCCAUUUAGGUUAAUUUUGUAUGAGUUUUUCCGCCAACCCGCAGUGGAGCAGCGUGGUGGAGUACGCUUUAUACAUCCAUACCCAGCAGUGGGACAUAUAUAUAUAUAUAUAUAUAGGCUGUUUAUGUAUGUUGUUAUGUAAUAUGGCGUUCUCACGACAAGAUACGAUUUUUAAUUUGCCCAUUGUAGAAUUUCAGUUGAUCUGAAAACUCGAAUGUUUUUCUUUCGAUUUGUAUGUAAAUAUAAUUUCUGUCGAUUAUUUCCAAAGUACUGGUUAUGAACGGAAUGUAAAUAUUGUAUUUUUUAUAUAAUACACUUACUCAAGAUACUUGAGGUAGAUAAAGCAUGCGAUAUAGCUUUAUAUUAUUUAUAUAUUUUAUCUAGAAAUUGAGUUCUGGGAUUGUUUAAGUUUAUUUGAUUAAAUUCGGUAAUAUAUAGAUUUCGUAAAUAAUUUAAUAUAUUUGCUGAAAAUGUUUGAAGUUUGUUUUUAAGGAUGUGUUGGCGAUGCUUGCUCGUAACGUUAAUUUAGUUACUUGCUAUUUUUAAUUAUUAAUUAAAAAAAUAAAAAGAAAAUAUAACGUUAUGAAGAAAGCAUCAAGAUAGUUUGGCAUGCAUUUUAUUGCUUAUACAAUAUUUGCAGGUUCGAUUUUACUUAUGUAAAUCUAGGUGCUAAUGCGCACAUUUUACGUAAUUUUGCUUUACGUCGCCGACCUGCAUUGGGCUGGUUUUCCCUUCGCGGAUUGGAAGGUCAGACAGGCAGUCUAUUCUGUAAAAAACCGGACCUGUCAAAUCUUCAGGUUAGGUAAGCGUAAGCGGACCCCGUGAAAAACGGGAUGUGUGUGCUUUACUUCGCCGACUGAUAUAACCAUUGAAGGCGUAAUCUAAGAAUUAAUAAAAUUCUACAGGGUUGUUUUAUCAGAAAAUUGCACAAACUAUGGAAAUUACGAUUUUGUAAAGUUGAUUAUUAUUAUUGUAUUUUUUUUCUAAUAAUAGAUGCAUCGAAAUCGUUUUAUAUAUCUUCUAUCAGUAACAUGAUAUUCAGUGUUUAUGUAAAACUUUGACAUAUUUUUAAAUAUGCAAUUUUUAAAUACAUAAAUCCAGGAUAUGAUCUUGCCUUGUUAACACAGAAUGUUCUUAUAAUACGUAACCGUUAAAUCCACUUCAUAUUCAUUCAUUUAUUGCAAAGUCACAAAUAGCCAAGCUUCAUAAUAGGCUAACUAUUCAAAUCCAACUAGUCAAAUCAGUUACUUUUCACUGAACGUCAAAACACGAAAUUACUAUGGAAAUUGUAUGAAAAAGCAACCUGGGUCGUCAUAGAAAAAUGUGUCAAAAUGUCGCAUUUAUUAUCACAUUUUUCUUUAUUGAAAUUCACAAAUAAGUUAAAAAGAAAAAGUUUUUUUGUCACCUUUACAUCUUUCUUUAUUUAGUAAUCAGAAUUUCAUAAUUUAUCUUCGACCUAGGAAUCUACCCAAUUAGUUAGUCAAUUCAUAACUAGAACCUCUUUUAAGAACAAGACUAUCAUGGUAAGUCUCAUACCAUACAUCCCACUAUAGGGCAGGCCUCCCAAUCCCACUACUGGGCACACAUCGCCGGGAAGGAUACCCCCUCGAUUGCUGGUAAAUAUAAAAUGUAACUUAGAAGCGUACUGUGUUAAUUAGCCAAGUGAUCUAUCUAAUGGUGCCUUUCACAUCUAUUAUUAGGAAAACCCUUAUUUAAGUUUAGUAGAAGUUUAUAAUAAUGUUUUUCUGUAUAGUUAUUUGUAUGUGAUGUGUACUAGAAAUUUUAUUGGGUUUACAAUAGUUACGUUCGUAUCGCAUGUACGCUAGCGUAGAGAUCCGGUAUUCAGAGAUGCAAUAAACAAUACAUUUACUGCA